AAAAUUACUACUUAUAUUAUGAAACAUAAUGUUUCUUAAAUGUGUCAUAUUCAACACUGUUGUGUAACACACACAGGAUAAUACCAAUGAAAGUAGGAAGCCCCCAUGGUAAUACCAUGCUGGUGCUUAAAAUCUGCCUAAUGGAGAUUAUGCAAUAACAAAUUUCACUGAGAACAAGCAGUUCUGAUACCAAUUUUCAGUUGCCACAGUGAUCAAUACACAACAACAUGGCUCUACUCACCAAAGGUUUGGUGUUUAUCAUUGUGGUUGCAAUAGCAGAUUACUGUUGCUCUCAAAAUGCUGUGACACCAUUGUGGCCAUGUUACUCAGUGUUUAAGAUACAACUCGCAAACCCUGCAUCUCCCUUGUCAUCUGUUUACCGCUACACUAGCAAGUUUGUGACAAGAAAUGAAGACGAAGCGCAAUAUCCCGACCACCCAGACUGUGUGUUCACCCUGGAAGGACCUCCAAACUCACGUUUGGAAUUGCAGCUUUUCAAUGUUGUAAUACAGAGGCCAGGUUAUGUGAGCACGUCACACAACACUGGAAACUGUUCUAUGGGAGCCAUACGCAUCUACAACUUCACUGUAACUGGUGAUCUUGUUCAAGUCAAUGAAGUCUGCAAUUCAUUUCAGACAGGAACAAAGCUCUUAAGUGAUACCAAUGUUGCAGUUGUUACAUCAACCAUAGCUAUCGGUCACUUUGACCUACAGGCCACUGUCAUCCCACAAAAUAACACUGGAAGAAAUGAAUUAACAAGAAGCCUGCCAACAAGAAAAGGAAAUGUUAUCCAUCUCGGACAUACUCAAGAUGAACUAAACUUAAUAUCCAAAUUACUAAAUCCUCCUAAACUAGAAUCACUUUCUGAUAACCUGUCAUCGAAUAUGACAAAUGGAUUAAUUAAUGAGACAGAAUCUGAAGAUGCUGAGUAUUAUGACGACUACAGUAACAUGGAGAACAAUGAAGAUUUUGAUAACCACAAUAAACAAGUAAGCAAGCUUGUAAAUAAUCAACUUUCACGGCCUAAUGAUCACAAAAUCAACAAUGAUUUUGGUAAUAAGAUCAAUAAAAAGAGUCAUAAUAUGAAUCAUAAAAUCCAUCAGUCGAAUCAUCUAAGGAAUGGCCAGUCUCAUCAGCUAGAAAAUGAGUUAAGUCUUCUUCAAGGUAACAGUUUUAUUCAGCAAUUAAAUCAAGACAAACCUCAUCCUAUGACUGAUCAACCAAUACAUACACAAAACAGCUUAUUUAAUCAACCCAAUGAAAAUCAAUUAACCCAACAACAGAAUGGUCAAUUACAUCAUCUAUUAACUAAUCAAAUCAACAGUGAACUAAAUCAAGCUAUAAAUAAUCCUCAUGGAACUAUGAACCAUCUUGUAACAAACCAAUUUGCACAACCAAAUAUCCUACCACAUCAGUCACUGAAUAAUCACAUGAAAAAUCAAUUUUCUCAACAACAGAACAGUCUCUUACAUCAAACUCUGAACCAUCAGACAGAAAACCAGUUUAAUCAACAGAUUAAUCAACUGAAUGAACUUAUGAAUCAAUUCAAGGGAAAUCAACAUAAUGUGCAAUUACAUCCGACAGAAAAUAAAUUCACCCAAAACCAAAAAGAAAAUGGUCAACUGAAUCAUCCUAUGAAUCAGCUAACUGGAAAUAACUUGAAUCAAGCUGUAAAUCACUUAAGUGAACAUCAGAAUGACCACACAAAUCAACCUAUGAACUGGUUUAGUAAUUCUGUGAGUAGUCAAUUUAGCCACCAACUGAAUGAACCUCAAAAUAAAUUAAUUGAUCAUAUAUUAAGGCUACUUACAGACUAUCAGAACUUGAUGGAAAAACCAAACAACCCAAUCCAAAUGGAACGCAAUCAACAGACAAUUCAAAAUAAUCAACUGUUAAAUCCAUUAUUUCAACUUGAUAUGCAAAAGAAUGACCCGGAGUCAGCAGCUCAUCAGCAAAAUAGCCGAAUAAAAAAACUGAUGAAUCUGUUACCUCUAAGUCAGGUUCAACAAGAACAGAAUAAUCCACCCAGUAAACUGUCAAAACAAUCCAUUCAACCUGAAAGCAAUCAACAGUCUCAACAACAAAAUACUCAAACCAGCCUACCUGCAAUUCAACCAAUUCAUUCUGCCAGUCCACACCUCAUUAAGCAAGAAAACAAUAAAAAAUUUCAAUUUGUUAACAGUGCAAGCAAUCAGUUACCGCAACAACAGAACAUUCAAAUAUAUGAACCAGCAACUUACAUAAGCCAUCCUACAAGUACUUCACCUACUCAGCAGGGAGCACAAACUAUUCAACUUAGGAACAAAGUUUCAAAUAUUGCAAGUGAUCUAUUGUCUCGCAUACAAAAUGAUAAAACUAAUCAACCUGAGGCCGAGAUUCAUACUGAAAAUAAUCAGAUUAUGCCACAGAAGAAUUACCAAAUUAGGCAACCUAGGUAUCAAUCAGAACACAUCACAAGUAAUCAACCCACUCAACCACAGAAUCUGAGGUCCACUAGACCCAUGAGUCACCUGAUUCACACAGCAAACAAUCAAAUCAUUCAUCAAAAGAAAGACCAAUCCAAAAUUCCUACAGAUGUAAUUAUUCACUCUGUAAGUAAUUAUAUCAGUAACAAAGAUGAUGAAAGAGACAUUAAAAUUAAGAAUAAGUUAAUGCAGUUCGAACAAAACCAGGUUAUCGACCAAAAGACAGACCAAUCAAAUCAAUACAUAAACAAAUUAAUUCACCCUACAAUUAAUGAAAUGAGUAAUUCUCAGAAAGGUACUAAUCAACAAAUUGACAAUGACCAAUUUCAUGAAACCAAAAAUAAAGCAACCAGUCUUGCACUCAACAAUUCAACUCAUCAAUCAAUUCAACUCAUGGGCAUUCUUCCAGAAAACCAAAAUCAGUCCAUUCACCAAAACAAUAAUAAAUUUGCAUAUCCAGACAAAAAUCUACUUCCUCACACAACAGAUAACAUAAUAGUUGACCAUGAACCUUCUCAAUAUAAAGAUGAAAUCAAAAUGUCAACAAACUUCAUGACCAAACAUCUAAUAAGAAACAUAACUUCUGUUUCAAUUCAUACACCAUUUGUUUCUAAAAAUUAUACUGACAUAUUAUUUCCUGAAUAGAAUAAUUAAUAAAUGGAAGUAGUCUAUUAACUUCAUUACUUAAUAAUUAUAUGAAAAGUGUGAUGCCUGAAUAGAUAGUUCCUCCAAUGAAAUGCAAGUAGUAGUCUGCUGUUAAGCAGUCCCUCAAGAACAAAUUAGUUGAUUGUCGAUAACACCAUACUACAUGUGCAAUCACUCUUAAAAAGUUGGUGGGGGCACAAGGGCAGAAGGACAAUGGGAAUAUGUCUAUCAGAUAAGCACACAACACUUAAAAUUCUGACCCAUGUUGUAAAAUGUGUUUCACUCAAAAUAAGCUGAUGAAUGACCAACAAAGGAAGUUGUAGACAGAAGGAAUUCUGCAAGCCAUGACCAGUAGAGGAAUGGAACCAGAUGAUGUACAAGAUUGGCAGAAGUGGCACUUAGGGAUGGCGAGGCAGCAAACAGUUGUAUAAAGCCAAGUACUAUUACUAAAAUUUCUCAGACAGUAAGGCAUGAAUUAGCAAUAACAUUACAUAAAUGUACAAUGUAUCUACAUAACACUAAACUUCCUUCAAAACUUCCCAGAUUCUUACUUGUAAACAAUUGUGUAUUUAUAUAUAAAUUACAAUAAAAUAUUUAAUUAUUUACUGCUUUCACUAA